AAACCCCAUCAAUCCAUACUUUUAUUAUCCAAAUAAAACUAUCCAUAUAAUAUGUGCACAUUCUGCAUGCUUUCUUUACGAGUUAUACAUGGAUAGCGUGUUUUCAGUGGACGAAAUAGCGGAUCACUUCUGGUCACCUCAGCCGCCGCCGAAGGAGGAGCAUGAAGAGUCAUCAGCCUCCGCCACUACUCCGGCGGGGUCCUCCUCGUCGAAUAACAAGAAGAUGAUGAUGAAUCGCAGCUCUUCCGAAUGGGCUUUCCAGCGCUUUCUCCAAGAGGCAUCCGCACUCGAUGAUUCCUCAUCGCAACAACUUGCGAUGGAUAAGGGAUCACAUCCUCCGCCGUCGUGUUCUGCCACCACAUCAAACGACGUUGACUUUAAUAUCAAAAGUAAUGAUAGCAAUAAUCGAAAGACGGCGGCGGGUUCGGUGGUCCCACCACCUACUAAUAUUCCGGCUGAUUCCGAGGAAUACCAGGUCCUCCUUAAAAGCCGCCUCGAGUUGGCGUGCGCCGCCGUCGCGUUGACCCGGGCAAAUAAUUUGAAGCUUCAAGAUUCAGCAUCUGCAGCACCUGGAAAUGGACCACAGGCUUCUCAAGUUCGGCUUAAAGGAGCUGGGCAUGUAUCAUCAGUGGGAGAAGAUAAGGAUGCCAGUGGAACACUUGGGUUAUCUUGCCUGCCUGCAGUGCCUAAGAAAUCUGGGGCUCAGGUUAAGUCAACAACAAGUGGUUCAUCUGGAGAACAAUCAGAUGAUGAUGAGGGUGAAGGAGAAACUGAAACAACUCUGAAUAUGGACCCUGCAGAUGCAAAGCGCGUACGGAGAAUGCUUUCAAACAGGGAAUCUGCAAGACGCUCAAGAAGAAGAAAGCAGGCCCAUUUGACCGAGCUCGAGACACAAGUUUCCCAGUUAAGAGUUGAAAACUCUUCUUUGAUGAAGAAACUCUCUGAUAUAAGCCAAAAGUACAAUGAAGCAGCUGUAGACAAUAGAGUUCUGAAAGCUGAUGUUGAGACAUUGAGAGCUAAGGUAAAAAUGGCAGAAGAGGCUGUUAAAAGAGUAACAGGUUUAGGCCCACUGUUCCAAUCCAUGUCCGAGAUAUCCACAAUGGGCAUGCCAUCUUUUGCUGGUAGUCCAUCUGAAACCUCAGCAGAUGCUGCUGUACCAGUACAAGUGCUAGAUGACACAAAACAGUGCUAUCAUCAAAGUUCUACAUCGACUGGUGAUCCUAGGUUCCAAAAUGGUUCGAUAGAUAUUCCUCCAGCAGAUAAUGUACAACAGAAUGAUGCAGCAGGUGCGCGGAACAAGAUGGGAAGAACAGUUUCGAUGCAGAGAAUCUCUAGCUUGGAACAUCUGCAGAAACGCAUUCGUGGGGGAACGGGUUCUAGUGGAGAGCAGUAGAGUAUCUAUUAUUCUUCAACAUACUAUGUGCAUUUGUUGGAUAAAACAGCAUAUUUAACAAUUCUAACUACUUAAAUGCUUAUUUUAUUUUUCAUUUAAAACAAGAAGGGAAUUCAUUUUCCAGAUUCUUAUCU